AUGAAAGUGUGCGCUUGUGUUCUGCUGUUCACGAUAUUCGCUCUCAUCACAACGAGCUCUCAAGAUACUAACAAAGACUUAAAACUAAAAAAAGCAAUCCAUGACAAACUCCAUGCCAAGGAAGAAAGAAAACUCAACAUCGCCAAAGACCUUCUAGCAAAGACUAAAGCACUAAGUAAGGUACCUAGGUUCCAGGUCACAACACCAAGAGUAGUAACCUUCACUGGAUUCAUAAUACAAGCGAUUAAUAUAAUCAAUACUUAUGAUGAUAUCACCUUCGGAGACUUUAUCGACACUUUAAAUGAAGAAGUUAAAAACUAUCACUACAGAGGAUGUAAAUUCUCUGAGCUAACCAAACACCAUGAUACUAGAAGGAUGUUGCAAACUAAAUUGAACUUGAUCAGUGGUAAACCGGUCUCUGAAACGAAAGCUAAUAUAAAUGCUGUAGCUGAUAUACUUAGAGACGAGAGAUAUGACAAGAAAGUCAAAGAUUUCGUUGAUUAUAUCAAUUCCUUGUACGGACCAGAAACGGUAGAGAAAUUCGAAAAGAUUUUAAAUGAAUUGCAAUAUUACAACAAGCCGAAAACUAGAAGAAUGGACGAUAAUAUGGCAGAAGUUAUAAAGGAUGCGCUGAAGGCGUUAAUAUUCGACUACUAUACACAUUUACAUGUAAACGCUAAAAUAGAACUGAAAGAAAGAAUACAGAAUAUUUGGAAUCAAAUGAAAGGAACACAAACUUCAACUUUCAACACAAAACAGUUUCAUGUGUCACCUCCUACUACUAACUUUUACAUAUCAGAGACAGAAGAUAAAGAAUCCAGCAAUGAUUUAGAAGUAGUAACUAGUGUUGAAGCAAGAGCUAAUAAAAAUGAAAAUACAGAUCCGGAGUCAGAAAAAGUUUUAGACUCUUCUUCUAAUUCUAUAGAGCAGUUCCAGGAGAAACUACGUGAGUUUAAUACGCACCGUUACGUAACUUUAGUUACUGAAGGUUUCGACGAGGUACAUUCAGACGAUGAAACGGAUGAAGCCAAUCAAUUAGGAACCAAUAAUGAACCAAACCACAAAAUUAAACCACAAUCAUCUGACGAGAACUCAAAAUAUGUGAAAGGUUUAGCAAGAUAUGCAAUGAAACAUUUAAACAACCACGAUAUUAAUAAAGUAUAUGAGAUGGCCACGGGCGAAAAGAAACAUAAAUUAAAAGAUAAAAAGAAGUACAGACAAAAGAAGCAACAGUAUUCAAUUGAAGAAGAUGAAGAUAAUAUAGGAAGGACACCUCGUGAUAAUGAUAAAUACUAUGAAGCAAAGAAUAAUGAUGGGAUAGGCAAACAUUUUUCUGAUACCGAUACGUUUGGAUAUAAAAGGGCGUUUCAACCCGGUCUUUGGCGAGGAGCAAGAUAUACACAAAUAUAUCGCAGAAGUGGUAGUAGUAACACCACUACAGCAGCCAACGUAAACGAUGAUUUAGAGAGAAGAGUAAGUAAUCUAGAAAAACAAGUACAAGAAGUUAGGAAAGAAAUGAUUGUUGGACACAAAGAAGAUAAAAAUAACAAUAAAGACUCAGUUACAAUUAAAUCAAAGUACGAUUCGAAUAAUAAGCUUGAUGUUAGAACAGCUUUACCAACUGUUCAAAUGAGAGCUGAAGCAAUAAAUAAUAAUGCUAAAGAAGUAACUGCGAGAGAACCACUCGUUAUUAUAAGAAAUAGAGCAGUUGAUGAAGACACAAGUACAGCAGAUACAAGGGUAUAUGACAAUGGACAUGAAACUACAGUUUAUGAUAAAAUCAAUGCAUCUAUGACAACUAGCACAAAUCUAAGAAGACGUAAUUCUCCUAUAACUCAUCCUGCUGCGGAAUAUACUUAUAUAGAGUUGGAUCCGUUUGAUCAUACACAUGAUGAUUAUGUAAAUAAAUAG